CACGUGCGGAGAGGGGAGACAACAAGGGAAGCCGCGAUUGCCUGGCAAUCGAUGUGGCCGUUUGCUCUGGCGACUUCCUCUUUCAGCCUGCGGACCGUGUGCUCUGGACUCCCCAGUCAGCACUCACGCCAAGUGCCCUGCCGAAAAAUUCAAGGCAGAGUAUCCUGCUGUAGCCUGAGCAUGUCGCAUAAAUUGCUUAGCAACGCCAGUCUGUACAGCUUCUUUCCAUAUGGCUGUUGGUUGAUCGAAGGAAAUACUUAUACAGUCAAUCUAAUCAAGUCAUCUGAACUCAAAGGCAAGCUUGUGUUACGCAUAUAAAGAAAAAUAACAUCAACCGGCCUCGUUCUCGUCCAAGGCCUAAUCGAAGAACAUCAUCUGCUAACU